AUGAACAAGAUACACUCAGGAAUAUUAGCUAUUGUUAUGUCGAUCUUCUUAAUCCAAGCGACGGAUCCGCCGACCGAGAAGACCGGCUCUCUCCUCGCUCAAGCCGAGAUGAAGAGGUUGGCUUAUCAAAGUUUGAGCAGCAGGAGGGUCGAGAAAUUUGUACCGAUUCAAGUAACAACCCCGACGCCUCCGGUGAUUAACGAUAAUCAAGCGGAAACCGAGCAGAUGAACUUUAUAAGGAAUUAUCUGAGGCAGAUGCAGAACGAGAGCGAAGCCGCGACAAAUUACGCCGCAAUCAACACCUUCCUGCAAAGAGAGGGAAAAUCCGAUUAUGAGAAACUUUUGGAAAAGGAAUUCGUUAGACCUUUACUGAAAUUGUAUGAAAUGAACGAGACGAGUAUACAGAAACCUAUAAGACGAGAUGAUACUGUAUCGGAAGUGAACGAUAAUGAACAUAUUGGGGAAAUUUUACCACCAAAUUUUGAACCCAAUACGGAGAAAAUCCAUCUGCCAUCGCCUCGGUUCGUUUUUCGCGCUCGAAAAUCGUUUGAUUACAGCGAUGAAGGUUUCCGCCCUUCGACCGGGUACUCGCAAGAGUCUUUGGAUUCGCCUAGGUACAGAAAACCUAUCAGCUUUCCGGGUGAUAGGUUCAGACCUGAAUAUGAGCCUGUCGAUUAUUCGGAAUACGAAGCUCAAGCUUCUAGUGAGAAUUAUCAACGCGGUCCGCGAUUCAAUUUUCCUCCGAGUGAAGUCUUAGGGUACAGAAUGCCUCGAAGACAGAGAGGUUUCAGGGAUGUUUUCUUCCAAGGCGCCAGAGAGCCUCAGUACUUCGAUCAAAGCACCCCUUGGGAAAGUCCUUGGGCUUCGACGGUAAACAGGAGGCCGCGUGUUAUCUUCCCUUCGGAUUUGGUAGCGUUCAGGGACACAACCAGCACACAAAAAGAACCCGAUUUCCUUGCAGGAGAUUCGGCGUUGCAGGAUCUUCAGCAGCAAGAUACACGGGAUAGAGGAGCGGAAGAGGUGUGCGCGGCGACUGCGACUUGCGAAUUCUUCUUGAGUUGCUGGUUGUCCGGGGGGUUGUUGGAGAGCCCGUGCGAGGGAUUACUUCGAGGGUGCUGUCAUAGGGGCUCAUCCAAAACUGGUCACAGCUACAGUCAGGCGAUCGGUACCCUCGAGGCACCCCGUGAAACUGCCAAGGCACAAGCCGCCCUAUUCGAUGUAGAUUCUCGUUGUGGAAUAUCAACGGGGCAACAAGCACAACGAAGAAUUGUCGGAGGAGACGAAGCUGGAUUUGGUAGUUUUCCUUGGCAAGCUUACAUAAGAAUAGGUUCAUCAAGAUGUGGAGGUUCGCUAGUUAGUAGACGUCACGUAGUUACUGCAGGCCAUUGCGUUGCACGCGCGGCGCCCAGGCAAGUGCACGUAACACUCGGUGAUUACGUAAUCAACUCGGCUAUGGAGCCGUUUCCCGCCUACACAUUUGGGGUGUCACAGAUACAGGUACAUCCAUUCUUCAAGUUCACACCUCAAGCUGAUCGUUUCGACGUUGCUGUAUUACGUCUGGAUAGGACAGCCAGUCACCAACUUCCCCACAUCGCACCGAUCUGUUUACCCCCGAAGGGAGAGAGCUUCUUAGGCGAGGUGGGAGUUGCUGCAGGAUGGGGUGCCCUUAAACCUGGGUCCAGGGAGCGACCGCGCACCCUGCAGGCGGUCCAGGUGCCUGUCAUCGAUAGCAGACUCUGCGAGAGGUGGCAUCGAUCGAAAGGCAUCGGCGUAGUCAUCUACGACGAGAUGCUGUGCGCCGGGUACAAGAACGGCGGCAAGGACAGUUGCCAAGGAGACUCUGGUGGUCCUUUGAUGCUCCAGAAGCAGAACAGAUGGUACCUAAUUGGUAUCGUUUCAGCAGGAUAUUCCUGCGCUCAACCUGGACAACCUGGGAUAUACCAUAGAGUCGCCCAAACAGUGGAUUGGAUAACAAGAGCUAUAAACUCAUAGUUUGACUUAGGUCAAACGUAUUUAAAAUAAUAAGAAGAAGAAAAAAAUGAAGAAAAACUGUUUUAGCUUUACGAAAAUUAAUUUAUUAGCGUCCCGGUGAUGUAGAAUAGAUAGGAAAAAACUAAUGCUAACUCUAUUAGUUCACACCGAAUAGAUACGACUGAAUCUUUCUAUGUACUUCAAACAAUAUCAUGGAAGAAGUGUUGUCUUCACUUAACAUAGGCAACUAACUUAACUCGUUUAUAAAAUAUACAAAUUAUAGCAAUAUUAGCAAAUAGAUUAAAAUACAACGA